AUGGGAUCCCUCCUUGUGGAUGGACUUCUCCUGUCCUGUUCCCCUAGUGCGUCUCCCACCGCCUCUUCCGUGGAUCGCCCUGCUCUGGCAUCGCGAUGCCUCUCUCUCUGCUGGGCCGGGUCUCCUCCCUCUUCCGCCUAUUUAGCCAGAUUCCCACUUUGCACCCGACCUCCUCCUGCUCUGCCCAGGCCCCUGGCGGCCUUCGGCAGGUGCAGUGCGUUUCAGACUGACAACUCCGUGCCGGUAAUGUAGAUUUUGCGUCACAACGUGGCCGUGCUUUCCUUCUUGUCUAGGUCUUGUUCAAAUCUCUAGUGGGAAUUAGAACAUUGUGCUUGAAUCUUGCGGCUUCAUAAUGCGUUAGCAGAAUGGUUUUUAUAUUGGAAUUCUUCGAUCGUUUUGUUCUUGUUCUUAACGUGUGAAGAAACUAUUAGCAUGCGACCGUGAUCCCGCUGGGGACCGGAAAAUUCUGCAAUAACUUAUGCAUUAUUCACAGGAACUGCUCACUUGGCAGGAGAGUAAAUACUGACAUAUACACCUCAGAGGGCUCUCUGUUGAUAAUGUUAGAAAAAAAUGAUAAUAUUUUUUUUCCCUGCUUCUAUUGGAGAUGCAUUCUAAUAUUAUAAAAGGGUCACUAUCACCCAUGCACUCCUUGGUUUCAGUGUCUACCGUACAUUUGAGGCACACAAUAUUUAAACGGUGCCAACUUGUUGCAUAGAAUUAGGAGAAGCUGUAGAGAUUAGAGGCCUCGCUAGAGGUUUAAAUUUAUAUCUUUCUAUCUUGUUUCUUUAAUUCGUUCUUAAUAUUCGGUUCUCUAUUCUUCGUUAACAGAUCAUGCAAUUCUCAACUUUGUUUUGAUAUUGUGUCGAGUACAUAUAGACAUUUGAUCGUGCUUGCAUUAUCAUAGUGUUUUUUUUUUGGAAAAGGGACAGGGAAAUCAAAAUAUUUCUCGUAGAGUUUAGUGGGUGCCUGACAGGCAGAUGGCUGACUUUUGUUUUUGAGUGGACCUUCUAUUUCAAGCGUAGAAGUAGGAUGCUAUAGAUGAAUUCGUGAAUUGAAAGGUGUCCAAACGAAUCCGAGAUUUAAUAGAUGAAGGAAAAAUAAGAGGGCUGUGCAUAUUUUUUUAAUGUUGAUGAGAGGUUUAAAAUGUUGUCUACGUUUUUACUUGUAUUCACUUAAAUGUAAUUUUUUAAUGUGGUUUCCUUGCGAUUGUAUCGCCAGCCAUAUAUUGACUGUUCCCGUUUCUCUAUUUAUUUUUCCUUGUGCAUCUGAAGUCGAAUGAUGAUGUAUAUACGGUAGGCAGCUUUAUGACCAAAAAGGAAGAUUUGCGAAUUGUAAAGACCUCCACAACCAUUGAUGAAGGUAAGGGUAGUUUUUCUGUUCAUUUCAUAUUUCAAGAUAACCAGCCCACUUUGAGUAUGAAGACGCUUCUCCAAAUGUCUGCAGCUUUGGAGAUUCUUGUGGAGCACAGAAUAACUGGGUUGCCGGUAGUGGAUGAUGACUGGAUUUUGGUGUGUAUUCAUUAUUUAUUCUAUUCUUUUCUCAACAAAAUUAUUAUUUUCAAAUUGUGUGAACACUAAGUUGCUAGCGUAAGAGGUACUUAUACUGGGUUUUUAGGUUGUGUUUUCUGAAAUGCCUAAAUUUACUGGCUUUCACAUACCAAAAAAGGAAAUCUAGUGGAUACAUUUUAGUGGGUUUUUUUUGGAAUUUUGAUUGAUUUUUAUGCUCAUUUCAUGUAGUCUUCAGAAGGCUGAAGAGAUCAGCUUGAUUAUAUGAUUUGGGUGUAGUUCUUUAGUUUUCUAAUAUAACUUAUCAUAAAAUAGGUAUAUUCUUUUUAUUAUUUCGGCAUUUAAUUGUUGAAAUCUAAUGCCCAAAAACUUCCUGCAAGAGACCAUCAUAUGAGCGGGACGAAUUCUUCAGGAUUCGUGAGAGUUUUUGCUCUAUCAAUCUUUAAUGCCACAAAUUCUAAUUUAUUGAGAUAUAAAGGGAACUCUUUUUCUGUACUUGCUUCAAUAUUGUCUCUUUUCUUUCUGAGCGCAAUGGGCUAUAAUCCCUGGUGUUCAAUGAAGCUAAGCGGCUAAGUAGCUUGGAUUAUUAGUGCCGUCAGAGAUUUAACAUAUGUUUUGGCGCAAACUAGCUACUUAAUGGCAGAUUUCUAAGAUAGUAGAAAUGUUGACAUCAAAGUGAUGCUUAAAGGAGAUAGAGAGGUUUGGUGGGUCGACUUCUUUAUGAUUAUUUUGGCAUAUUAGAUUGAAUGGGGCAGCUCGGUUGUCAGACACCACUGCUGUUUGUUAGAGAGGGUAGUCAUUUGUAUAUUCUAGUGAUGGAAUGAAUGGCAAGUUAGUCUAAUGAGGAAAGAGCUUAUUAUUGAUGUGGGGGAGGGGAGAUUCAGGUUGAGAUGGGCUGUUUUAGUCAAGUCGUUUUAUUUAGGGCAUAUUUGGGAUUACUUCUUGUGGAAGGCUGUUAAAGGAAGGGCUUCCAACAGGAGGCAAGGUUAGUGGUAGUUCUUUCAGGGGAAAAAAAAAGCUUUUCAGAAUCAGUAAGAAUUGGAGGAGUUUCUGUUUUUGUAUAUCUUUAUGAUAAAUUUUGUAGGACUGAGGUGAUCCCACUUGAUUCUGUCAACUUAUCCCUUGUUGUUAUAAACACUACAGCAGAGGGCAGAUGAUACCCACACAUGUUGGUCUAUGCAUCAUCUUCUGAUGACUGCAUUGGUGUCCUUGAGAGGUUCAAGGUUGUCAGACGGGGUAGUAUUUUUUAUGCAGAAUGAUUAGUCUUGAGGGGAAAAGCUACAGCAUAUCUCUUCAUUCCUAUCAUUGUGGAAAUAUAGGCCAUUGGAGCGUGACUAGUUCGUUUUUAAGUUGUAGGAAAGGGGGCUAGUUCUUUGGAGAAGUUGGUAGUGAAGAUUGGGCUGCUAUUUAUGGUUCAUGGCUAGAGUUCUUAGGUACUCCUGAGGGCUAUGUAUUUCUUCAAAGUCUGGAAUUUGUUCUUCAACUUCUUUUCUCAUGUUUUAGGACGUAGUUCUAGUUUACGUUUGCUGAUAUGACAGUAUCUGAAUCAUUUGUUUAGUAUCUGAAAAACUUUGGUCAACAUGUGGGAUGUUUAAUCUGAGUUGAAUGAAUCAGAUUAUCUACUCAGUGAUCAACCUAUAUAUAGACAUGGAUAACUUUGAAUGGCGCUAAUCUCUCUGCAGAAAAUAUAAGUAAAGGUAUUAUAUAAAAAAUGCAUAGCGCAGGUUUUUCUUAAUUUUAGAAGAUUCUAGGUGGCACUGGUGGCUUUGAAUCCAAACCAAAUAUAUGGAUGGCCUCUGCUAAUGCCCAGAUCGUUGUGAUCUGUACUGAGUGGCGUCUCAAUCACAAAUGUGUGUUUGGAGUGAUCCAGAAAUCGAGAUUUUCGUUAGGCACUGGUUCCAACUUGAGAUUUUUCUUGCUUGAAGAGUUGAGGAUGUGCUAGCCAAAGUUCAAAAGGUUGAAUUUUUCCUUGCUUCAGCACUAUUUAGAAUACAAAGGGAAAGGGGAUGAAUUUUAUUUUUUCUGGCGAGGGAGACUUUUCUCGAUCACGAAUGUGUGUUUGAUAUGAUUAAGACAUUGAGAUUUUCGUUAAGCACUUGCUUGAGGAGUUAGAGGAUGUGCUAACCGAAGUCCAAAAGGUUGAAUUUUUUCUUGCUUUGGCACUAUUUAGAAUACAAAGGAAAAGUGGAUGAUUUUUUUUUCCUUCUGGCAAGGGAGAUUUUUCUGAUGCUCUGCUCCUUUUAGAGAUGGUGACGUGUCAUUUCCAUAAUUAGCAUAGUUGAUAGGUUCAUAUUGGUGGACACCCUUUUGUGGUAGAUUGCUGUCUUGAGUUCAAGAGUCAUGCUGUGAUGGAUAAAAGUGCCAUUGAACAGUGUGUGUACUUUGUUGGAUCUCUGAUAAAAUGUAGUUUACUUUGCUGUUGAAGAGAAACUGUCAACUGAAAAGAUAUGAGUUGAGUUUGAGACCACAAUAAUUACCUAUGGUGUCAUAAACAUGGACUGAUAUAGAAAAGAAGUAGCUAGGAAUGAAGAAAUCAAGGUUUGGUGGGGUAGCCAAAGUCUCACAUAAAAUUUCCUAUAACUAGAGCUGCAGGUGAAUAAUCUCGGAAGGGGGAGUACCGAAGCAGCAGAUGAAGUGUGAUGUCUUCACUAGGAUGGGCAUUUAUAAUCGGGUUUAUUAAUUUGAGCUAGCUCAGCCUUUCAGUUCUAAUGUGGGAAUUGGGUAAGGAGAUUGAGCAUUGUACAGGUCUUGAUCAGUAUUCUACAUCUCUAUGUAGAUAGAAACACAUUUAGCAGUAAAGGGAAAUCCAUUUUCUAGAAAAUAUAUCUUAUUUUUCAUGUAGUUGAUCCCUUAUGAUCCUUGAAACAGGUUCUCAUAUUUUUCUUGUCAGGUAUCUCCUGUACCUACGAAACUGGCCUUAGUUUCUCUCAUGAUUAAUGUCUUGUUUUUAUGAUAUUUUGUUUAUAUUUUUUUUUCAAGUAACAACUUGUUAAUUGAAACUGGCCUUAGUUUCUCUAAUGAUUAUCCCUGCAGUAUUCUUUGAUCAUUAUGUUUGAAAUAAAUCUUUCAUUUUUAUCUUAUGUUUGCAAGGAAUUUCAUCCCUAUGAUUCUUUUGUCUAUAACGACAUAUUAACCAUAUAACUUUUUUUGCUUCUUGUUUUCAGGUUGGUGUAGUAUCAGACUAUGAUUUGCUCGCUCUGGACUCCAUAUCAGGUAUUCUCUGGGCAUAAAACAUAUUAGUAUUCUAUGGUUUUAUAUUUUUUGGCAGUGUACUAUACUAUCUUUAAGGUUAAAUGUGACACAUUUUGCACUGAUCAUCAAGACUUGUUUCUAUAUAGUAAUUUUUUUUGUAACUUGGGAGAGUAGAUAAUGCAUGGGUAUAUUUGUAUUCUAGCGUUAUCAUGCCAUCCAUAGCUGCAGGAUUUCUUGUAAAAAGGUGGAGCCUUCUGGUUAUCUUUGUACUGCUGCGUGUAUGAGUAAAGAGAAAGAGGCUAGGUGUAAUGACUCAUGCACAAGGUAGGGUGAUAUGAAAGAAAUAAAUCAAUAAGAAAGCAGAGUUCUUAAUGUAAGAAGUUCACAGAUGGUUCUCACCAGUGCUUUCAAUUAUUUAAAAGUGGCCCUGUUACUUAGAGUUGCGCCAAUGACUCAUGAGGCUUUUAUGACUUGAGACAUAUGAUAGUUGAUCAAAUAUAUUUGGUUUUGAAAAAUAAAUUUGGCCUUCAAUAAUUUGGAUUCUUUUUUACUGAAAAUGUAGUCUUACUUUGAAGUAGAGAAAGUUUCUCAUGCCUAUCCCGGAUUUGGGACUGGAUGGAUUCAUAACAACAUGGCUAUCCUGACCCAAGCAUUUACAAAGCAGGCACCCAGGAUGCCUGUUUCUGUCGUCUUUUUUGUAUCAGCCUUGAACACCCAAUUCUUGUAUUGGGCUACUUUUAGCUACUUGUGACGACUCCAUUCCGUUGUAGUAGACUGAACUGCCUUUCCACCAUUAUAGAGAAAAAAUGACAACCUUUUAAUUCCAAGUCAGUUUGGUCCUAUGUCAUUUGUUUUUGCUUAGUUUCAGUUAUUUUGAUAUAUACUUUUUACAAGGUUCUGAUGUCAGAGCAAACCAAAUCAGUAAGUAACUGGUCACUUUCAAUCCAUUUUGGAGUUAAACAAUGUUUUGAAGCUAUAAUAUAUUCAAAGAAAAAUGGAUGGCUCAAAUGAUGCAGUGGAAAUGUUGACUUGAUGAUGAUUUGAGCGAGUUGGCGCAGCCUGAGAUGUAUAGAGUUGAAAUCUUGUCUUUGAAUCUAUCAAAGACUUGAUUUAUGUGAAAAUUCUUCUCCUUGGGUCCACAAGAUGAAUAAACCUCAACCCUUGAGUUCACAAGGGCUUGAUUAUGAGUCCACAAGAUCAAAAUAAUUCUCCUGAAUCCACAGAAGAUGCUGGAAUCCACCAGAAAAGAAAUAGAACCUCGAAAGAGGUAAAUUUUAUGGGAUUGAUAAAAAUAAAACUUGGAAUGCCUUGGGAAUUAUGUUAGAACGCCCCUAAGGAAAUGGAGGAUUUUGUUAGAACACCCCUAAGGAAUAUGACCGCCUUUAAUAGAAUAGGGAGAUUAUUGGAAAUGAACAAAAUGUGGGAAAUAAUAGACGUGAGAAUUGAGAUUUCGACACAUUUAACAUGUGUCAAAAUCUCUUAUUGGGCCAUCUCGAAUUGAACUUGGGCCGAAUUGUCUCUUCAUGCAUCCUAGGUCUCUAGUCCUCUUGAAGUGGGCUGAAAUUGAACUUCUACUCCGUUUGAGCAUGAAAUUAAUAACUUUUCAGCUCCUUAGAUGCAUAUCCUGCUAGUUUUUUCCACUUGGGUCAAAAAACUUUCGUCCUUUUUGAUAGGUUUUGAUGGGUUAUAUCAUCAAAGAUUUUAUAUCUAUGGGAUAUGAAGCCUGAACAUAAUUUCUUAUUAAUUUGGUUCCUUAAGAAGCAUCACAGAAUGGAUGUUUUAGGUUUAUUAUCGGUGGAAAAUAUUGUGCUGUAACAUUAUUUUGUUACAUUUUAUUCAUUUUCAGCUGACUUAUUAUCCUUUGUCUAUUUUUUGAUAGACUUGAGAUAAUGUGUUAUUAUUAUUGCUUUAUUUAUUUAAGACUAUCUAUUGAUUAGUGCUUUUUGGGUCAUUUAAAUUUAGAUGCUCCCCACUGGUCAAAAUCGAUAUUCAUUGCAUAUUUCUGAUGAAGAAAUAUCCUCGAUUAAAUUCUAUGAAAAUGAUGUCACAAAUAAAAUAAAUUGCAUUUGACACUGGAGCGUGUAAAAGUUUAAAUAUGAGUCAAAGACAUUAGAUUAUCUAAGUCAAUUUAUGGGUUUGUAGAAGAAGCUCACUUGAUGGUUUAUAAGAUGAAGCCCAUGAGACAGGUUUAUAAACCUAAGGCUGUUGGAUGAUAUAUGGAAUGAAACCUAUUUGAUAGCUUUCUGGGUCAAAAGCUAUGAAAUGAUUUGUAUUGAAGCCCGUCUUUUAAGCUUGUAGGCAAUUUCCAUUGGAUAAUCUAUGGAAUGAACCCCAUUUGAUAAAAUUAUUUCAUUCUUAUCGCUCAUCAUAAUCUUUGAAAUCCCUAUGGACUCCUCCAUGGAAGGUUGUGCGGACCUGAUGGUUUCGAGUUGGAUCACCAGGCAUGAGGCCAUUAGAUCAAUGAGCUCAUUUGGUAAAGGUCUUGGCCAUUGGACACAAGGUCCACAUUAAGCUGAUGGUCUAUUAUUGUUAGGUAGGUUGCCUCAGUAGGCAUGAGGUCUGCCUUAGAUCAAUUGAUAUAUUAACAAUAGUUUUGACCAUUACAAUAUGGCCACCGAUUAGGACAAUUAGGGCACUGCACAAUGGUCCAGAUGAAACCAUAUAUGCUUUAAAUUAUGUGCUUUUUGAAGUAGGGUAAUAUGGGUAGAGCUUGUACUCAUCCUUUUCCUUAUGUAGACACCUCUCUUCUCCCUCUUUAUCUUCUAUGUGUAUGAUCUUUCUCUACUAUCUAUAUGUUCUACCGUUUGUUUUUUUGGCAAAUUCGGAUCGUCUUUAAGAGAGGGUUGGUGAGGGGGAGGGGGGGGUUUGAAGGACAGAAAUGCGAUUAGAUAUUAUGAAUAUAAUGGGACAUUUCAGUCUUGCACUGAAUGGUUGGAUCUUCUAAAAAGUACAGUUACACCAGGUCUUCUACUGAAAUGGUUGGAUCCUCCUGUGCCUUGUUUUUCUUCCUUAUGUAGGUAUUGGCAUGUCAAAAUUUGGUAACAUAGCUCUAUUGGAAAGCACAUAGGGGCAAAUUGUGAGAAGAAAAAUCAUAUAUGGAUCCCACCCGAAAAGAAUGAAACACAGUUUGAUAGACUUCGAGAAUAGUAGGAAUUGAGAAGAAUAAGGAAGAAGUAGAGGAAGCCAGUGGUACUUCUUUUCUAUUGUCACCUCAUAAGAGGAGUAGAGAAAGAAGAAAAUGUCUCCACACCGCUGAUAUUAGACGUUACCUGGUUAUGUAUAAUACUUGCUUCUCCUUGUCGUAUUGUUGCCAGCCAAAGUGAGAGAGGAAAGGAUGGCUUCUCACCUGCAAUGUUGUGAAGCUUGCUGUCAGGAGAAGAGAUGGAAAUGAAAUGUCUAUCAAGAGAAGGGAUCGUUGCCACCCUCUACCACUGGUGCUGAGCCUAUGAAAUUUGAAAGAAGAUUGAUGCUUUCAUACUGACACCAUCCCUCCACCAAAGCUAGCGCAAGAAGGAAGAAGAAGAAACCAUGCAAGGGAAGCAAAACGGCUGUUCCAAAUGUCAUCUAAACAGAUGGAAGAGGAAGAAAACCUUUUGGGGCUUCCUUGUUUAGAUUGGGAGGACAGUCUGUUGAGGACGUAUUCGUCCUUGAAUAGACAGUAAUGUUUGUAAAGCUUGAGGGGAUUAUUGUACUUUUGGGAAGAUCCAGUCGUUUUGGCAAAAGACUGAAAUGCUCAAAAGACUCUCUCAGGACCUCUAAAAAAGGGUGUCUGAAUUUGCUCAAAAGAAAGGAGAACGAGGAGAUAGUAGAGGGAUAGGCCUAGAUGAAAGACCAUAGACAUAGGCAAAUGAUGAGGGAGAAAAGAGCUGCCUACGUUGAUGAGGAAGAAAGAUGGGGAGACUUUAGUGAGCAAGAAGGUGAGGACCAGUUUUGCCCACCUCACAUUACUGAACAAGAAGGUGAGUCAUUCAAGCAUACACACAAUAUAGGCUGUUGAAGGAUACACCAUCAAUGAUCAAUGCAUUUUUUUUUCAUAUCUUUCUUGAAAUCUGAUGGAUAUUCAUUCGUAUGUCUGCCAACUUAGUGUGUUGAUGAAGGAAGUGGAAAUAGUUUGUGCAUUAUUUGGGAAAACCUGUUCUGAGAAGUCAGUUAUCAUGAAGCUCAAUUAGUUAUCAUGAAGCUAAAUUAUAUCAAGUCCUUUCCUCUCCGAGUGUGUUUCUGAAAACCUUUUGAGGUUGGUUAAAUUUUUGGUAAAGAUUCAUUUAGUAACUCACCUUUUUCUUCAGAAUCAUUAUUAGAAGAGCCCAUUGAGUCUCUAAAAUAAUUCCCUACAUCAAGAGGACGGUCUCCUGACUCAGUCUGAGCAUGGGUGUCUUGCAAACUCUGGCUAGUAUUUCUGGUUAUCCUGUGGCAAUCUAGAUGGGAAUCUGUUCAAUCAACUCUCCCAUGUUGGGUUCAGGGUCAUGAAUCGACUGAGUAUUACCCUGACUGACCUAAAGUUGAUUCAAGUCUUAUCAAGGCAUGCUUAGGUCAUACCUUGUGGGAGGGCUGCUGUUCAGCUGCUGAUAUGCUGAAUGACUAUCGACCUGGCAUUGGUCUCCUUAAAACUUAUCAAAUUUAUCCCAGUGUUUCCAAUCUAGUUUUCGCGAUUCAUGGUUUUUGCUGCCGUCAUUUGAAAAUGAAUUGACAUACUUUUUCAAAAGAAAAAUAGUUAGAAUCGCCUCAACACUGAUAGCCAGUUUCAUCUUAGUUCUCUAGUUUUGCAACAAGGCCAUUGCUAGGUUGUUUUUGAUGGAUGGCCAUUCACCUUAAUUUAGUCUGAAAUUUAUGUAAUAUUAAACACAACUACAAUGUUCAAGCAAACUCAGGCAUUAAUCAAAAGGUUUGAAGGGGAUUCCGUUGAAAUUUGAGGAUACUUAAAAAGAAAAAAACUAAUAGAAUUUGAUAUUAGAGGAUAUAAAUAGCUUUGGCUAUGAUCGGCAUAAAACUUCAUCAAAUUAAAUUUUUUUCUGUUAAAAAGUAUUUGAAAAAUAAGAGAAAUAAAAACUAAUAUUUAAAACAAAAAACGCAAGAAUUGUGCAAAUCGGUUUGUGUGAUUUCUUUUUCAUUCAAUUUUGAUGUUCUGAUGCAUAAAAUGUCCUUAUGGACAUUUUACAUGGAGUAUGAAUCGAGAAUUUGUAGAAAAAUGGUACAAGUGCCGUCUAUAGAGAUUUAUUUAAAUUAGGACAUUUGAUUAUAAGGGCAUCAGGGGUGGACGAUCAUGCAUUCACAACGCCACCUGUAGGAGUGCAUUAAUAAGCAAUAAUGAACUGGUGGCAGUCCCCAUGUAGGAAAGUGCCAGUACCGGGGAUCAGUGCUUGAAGCCUAUCAGACGGUAGGAAAUUUGAAGUGCCAUUUCACAAUUUGAAUCAUAAAAGAAAAACGUUUGGCAAACCUUGGAAGGAUUGACCCAUAACUUUUUCUCAAGAAGCAUAACCAGUGCACAGUAGCAAAAAGAAGGGACGCAUGAAAAAUGUCUCCCUCGGACUUGCAGACAGGGAAAAUGCUACAGAAAAAUGUCAACAUCUCGUGGGUAUCUCUUAUAGAUUAGAUGAAGACGCCUUUUCAUGAAGUUAGAAAAUCUGUAGGACCAUGCAGGUUUCUACUAAGCAAGAUAACGUGAUAGGGGAGGAGUAUAUACUUAUGACGCAGAAUUGCAGAAUUUUAUCAUGUGUAGGCACUUCUUGGCCAUCCACACCAUAAAAGGAAAAAAACUGAAAGGGGUUCGUCUGUAUUUGGCUCUAUAGUUGCGAAGGUGACGAAGAAAAGGUUGAAAAUGACUGUGCCUGAUCAUGUGGGAAUCACUGGGGAGACUUGCACUACCUAUGUUACGAAGGGAUAGUGAUGGUGACUUUUCAUGUAGUAUAGGUAAGGAUACUCAGUCCAAUGGACACAAUAGGGGUAAGAUAUUGCUGGAAGUUAUUUUCUUUGAUUAGAAAUGAAGCUUUUUGCCGGCUAUAUAGAAAUAGGAUGUGUUAAGUUCCACAAAUUAAAACUAUAUGAAAGUUGGGAGCAUAAGAGUAGUAAUAAUAGGUAACAAGCAUAUAUUUUGUUGGGGAAUUUUGAGAGCCUGAAUAGACAUUUUAUGAUUCAUCUUACAGUUACAAUUUUUUUUUUCCAUUAUUUAGAGAUGGUUAUUGAUAUUUUUCAGUUCCAAAGUUAUGGUGAUAAGGUAAGAGUUUACCACUAUAUUGAAUUAGAGUCUUUAUUGUAGAUGCAAUGCAAGUACAAUGAGGAUUGAGGAUUUCCUUACAGACAAGUAUCUACAUCUUCUAAUGUUCCAGCUUCACCUAGAAUGGUUUUGGUAGUGACUUUCACCAUGAUUCUAUGCACCUAGAAUGGCCCCGUUGUCCCCCACUAUGGGCUCGUACAUCCAUACUUUUGGAUCUCAUCUUGGGACUUCUGAGCAAACUCAUACCUUGACCCAGCUUAGACCGCCAUUAUGGUUUAGUACAUCUUUGCUGCCAUUCAACUAAGAUAGGUCGUAUACAUUGGUGGCAGUAACUUGAGUUUAGGAACAAAGCAGAUUAAGCAUCGACUGUGGGUGCAUAGCGGACGUUAGGAGCCAAUCUUGCUGUUAAAUGCGUGAGGACGACUGUGUAGUUGUUAUUUAUGUAUGGGAGGCAUUCGACAUUCUUCUUCUGCGUCAAUAUCAUCAAAUUUCUAGAGGAUAUUAUGUAGUCCUGUAUGAUUUAUUGUUAUUCAGCAUCAGGUAAUCCUGCAUGAUUUAUUAUGUCUUUAGAGAAAUGGUUCUGGCAGAGGCUAAAAUCUGACACUCAUUUGUGUAUAAUUUUCCUCAGGUCAUCGGGGAAACGACACCGAUUUGUUUCCUGAGGUUAAUAGCUCAUGGAAAGUAAGCGUUUUAAUUCUCCGUUUUCUUAUGCUUCUUUCCAUUUCUUGUAAUAUGACUUGAUCUGCCCUUUCAUGCCAGGAAAAUCUUCUUCCUACCCUUGAAUUUUUUCUUUAAAUGCCAUUUUGCCAAGUAGAUAAUCUGAGCAAUAAAUUCAUGCUGGCUUGUUGUUUUAGAAGGUGGUGUUUAUCUUUAGCAAUAGCUAGUCACGCGUCUCUCUUCAUCCUGUAACUUCUCGAUUGACACUUUCCUCUGUAAUUCUGCCAUAGAAAUAGUGACCAGAGACCUCAACGUUCAGAUUUUAGUGUUCACCAGGAACCCCACAAUUUUAUCACGGAAUCGGUUAUCUUCUGCUUAUUUUCGGUUCCAUUUGUUGAAAUCUUGAAAUACUAUUUUUUGGUUGUAUAAACCAAGGCAAGCUGGUCCUGCUAAUCCCUACUCCACAUCCACCUUCCUCUUUGAUUUUUUUAUUAUUAUCUUUUAAAAAUAAAAUAAAAUUCCCAUGUCAAAAAUAUUUCACCAUCAUCCACGGAAGAACGCUAGGUUUUGAGGAUUCUUUUUCUUAUUUUUUUCAUUAAACAUCAGGAAAAUGAUCUCUGUUGGAGGAAAAGAGGUAGAGCGAGCAAGAGAGUGGAAGAGCUUCUCCUAUGGCCUCGCAUUAUCAAAUAAAUAUAUUUUUUUCCUUUAUAGUCGGUCUGGCAUCCUCAUUAGAUAUAAGGAAUGAAGGAUAAGAAAGAAAAACCCGGCUUUACCUUUGAAUUGAAAUUUUGUGAAAUUUAGAAAAACCUGGCUUUACCUUUAAAUUGAAAAUUUGAGAAAUUUAGCUUUAAUCCAACCAAAUCUCAAGUUGGUACUUAUCUGAGCUCGAGGCUGUUUUUCAGCAGUCAAAUGCUCAUACCCACCCAGUUCGUUCAUUCCUUGCAUUGCACUACUCCCAUUGCAGAGGUGAUCUCGUUAGGGAAUUUGAUCCUUUUUGUCACAAUCGGUGCCACCAGCUUGUUCAGAGAUAUCCUUGGAGGAAACUCCUGGAACUUGAUUGAAUAAUUAGCCGGCAGAAGGUCAAACUCUAGAAUAAUAUUAUUCCGAUUGGAUAGUAUUCGAUUAUUUUCUUUUUUCAUGCGGCAUCAGGAUAAUGCCUUAGAGUAGAUUGUGAACAAGUCUUGCGUUUGAAUCUCUGAAACUCUUGCAGACCUUCAACGAGGUCCAGAGGUUGUUGUCGAAGACGAUUGGGAGAGUGGUUGGAGAUGUAAUGACCUCCACCCCCAUCGCCGUCCGCGAGACUACUAAUCUCGAGGAUGCUGCCAGGUCAACCCCCCUCCCCCUGAUUUUCCAUUUCUUUCUCUGCGCAAAGUCAACUACUUCUUUUAGUAAAAUUCUGCAAUGACUUCCUCCACCAGGUUACUUCUGGAAACCAGAUAUCGCCGGCUCCCCGUUGUUGAUGACUCCGGCAAAUUGGUAGGGUUUCUGCCACCUCCCUUUCUCUCUCCAGUCAUCGCAAUCAUCAUCAUCAUCUUUUCUGAUUGUCGUUCUGAUGGAUAUGACCUUUGACUCUGAAGGUCGGGAUAAUCACGAGAGGAAAUGUGGUGGGAGCUGCGCUCCAGAUAAAGCGGGAGAUGGAGAGGAGAUCACACACGCAAUCGUAG